CGGCGGAGAGAGGGUGAAUGGAUCCGCGUGUGGCCUGGAUUCAGCCCGAGCAGAAAGGACCCGCUAAUGCUCUCUGGAUGCAGAUCUGGGAGACCUCGCAGGGAGUGGGGAGGAGCAGCUCUAGCUAUCCGCCGUAUUUCUGCCUCAACUCCCCGGCCCUGGACACGACCGCUACUGCCGGUGGUGGCGGCGGUGGUAGCAGUGGCAGCGGGAGCGGCAGCCUCUCCUCAGCCUCCCCGCCCCCGCCGCCCACGGCGCUGCCAGUGCUUCUGACCGGACUGGUCCCUGCCUCCGUGGUCGGGAGUACAGACGGCGGCCGGCGGCUGCAAAAGUCUCCCUCCGUGUCCUCGUCGUCAUCCACCUCUUCCAACAACGAGUCUGGCACCGAGAGUCCCGGCUUCUCCUCCUCUUCCUCCUCCUCGUCUUCUAGCAGCGCCUCUUCGGGUCGGACUCUAUCCGGGAGUGGCGGUGGGACCUUACCUGGUCGGGGCGGUGGGGGAGGCCCGGGCGCCUUUUUUAACUUCAAUGAGAACAAACUGAACAAUCUCAAUAGCGUGAAUGGCCAUCACCACCACCACAGCCCGCACAGUGGAGCCAACACCAACCUCCUAGCGCCGCCGCCUCCUCCGCCCCCACCGCAGCCGCAGCAGUCGCCGCAGCAGCAGCCCCCACCGUCUUCUGCCCCCACCUCAGCCAAUUCCAUCCAGCAGCACCAGUACCAUCCCGGCCGCAGGAAACGGGAGAAUAAAGCUAGCACUUAUGGGAUGAACUAUCUGCUGUCUGGGAGCCGGGGGGCCGCGCUGAACAAUAACCACCUUCCCCAGGAGCAGCAGCAGAGACCUGGCACCCCCUGGAAGACUAGGACAUAUAGCCCGGGUAUCCAGGGGCUUCAUGAAGAAAUAAUUGACUUUUAUAACUUCAUGUCCCCUUGUCCCGAAGAAGCAGCUAUGCGAAGAGAAGUAGUUAAAAGAAUAGAAACUGUCAUAAAAGAUCUUUGGCCUACAGCUGAUGUUCAGAUAUUUGGCAGCUUUAGUACAGGGCUUUAUCUUCCAACUAGUGACAUAGACUUAGUAGUUUUUGGAAAAUGGGAGCGUCCUCCUUUACAGCUGUUGGAACAAGCGCUUCGGAAACACAAUGUGGCUGAGCCAUGUUCCAUUAAAGUACUUGACAAAGCUACAGUACCAAUAAUAAAACUCACUGACCAGGAGACAGAAGUAAAAGUUGACAUCAGUUUUAAUAUGGAAACUGGUGUGAAGGCAGCUCGGUUAAUCAAGGAUUAUAUGAAGAAAUACUCAUUGCUGCCUUACUUGAUUUUAGUAUUAAAGCAGUUCCUCUUGCAGAGGGACCUGAAUGAAGUUUUUACAGGUGGAAUUAGCUCUUACAGCCUAAUUUUAAUGGCCAUUAGCUUUCUACAGUUGCAUCCCAGAAUUGAUGCCAGAAGAGCUGAUGAAAACCUUGGAAUGCUUCUAGUAGAAUUUUUUGAACUGUAUGGAAGAAAUUUUAAUUACUUGAAAACUGGUAUUAGAAUAAAAAAUGGAGGUGCCUAUAUCGCCAAAGAAGAAAUCAUGAAAGCCAUGACCAAUGGAUAUAGACCAUCCAUGUUGUGCAUUGAAGAUCCUCUGCUGCCUGGAAAUGAUGUUGGCAGAAGUUCAUAUGGUGCCAUGCAAGUGAAGCAAGUUUUUGACUAUGCCUACAUUGUUCUUAGCCAUGCAGUAUCACCACUAGCAAGAUCAUAUCCAAACAGAGAUUCUGAGAGUACACUAGGUAGAAUCAUCAAAGUAACACAGGAAGUGAUUGACUAUAGAGGAUGGAUCAAAGAAAAAUGGGGAAACAAAAUUAAUCUAUCACCUGAUCUUGAUAAUAGAAUAAAGAUAAAAGAGCAGAUAACUCCAUGUAGUGGGGAUCAACCUCAAAGCAGAGACACAGAAUCACCUUAUAGCCAGCGUUUGACUUUACCUUUGUCUAACACCCAGCCUCUUUCCUCUGGCUCAUCUGCUUCUUCUGUAUCUUCACUUUCUGGUAGUGAUAUUGAUUCUGAUACACCACCUUGCACAACUCCUAAUGUUUACCAAUUUAGUCUGCAAGCACCAUCUCAGCUUAUGGCCAGUUUACCUACAGCAUUGCCAAUGCCAAGUGGUAAACCUCAGUCAGCUCCUACUAGAACGUUAAUAAUGACAACCAAUAACCAGACUAGGUUUACUAUACCUCCACCUACCUUAGGCGUGCCCCCGCUUCCUUGCAGACAAGUUGGUAUUGAAGGGACACCAUCCUUGAAAACUGUUCAUCACAUGUCCUCUCCUGCUGUUCCUUCUACAUCUCCCAACCCACUCUCAAGUCCCCAUUUGUAUCAUAAGCAGCACAAUGGCAUGAAAUUUUCCAUGAAAGGAACUCAUAAUCAUAACCAAGGCAAUGGUUACAAUCCUGUUGGCAGCAGUGGCAUGCGGCAGCCUGUGGGCAACAGAGGACACCACCAAUAUAACCGUACUGGCUGGAGGAGGAAAAAACACACACACACAAGAGACAGUUUGCCUAUUAGUCUCAGCAGAUAAUGCCUCAUUCAGAAUUAUCUAUCCCUAAUUUUACAAACUGAAGCUAAGUGACAUUGGACACUAAACUGGGGAACUGAGACCAGCAUUCAGCACAUCAGCGUACGGGUAUUGUGAAUAUCUGCAGCUGAUUAUUUUGCAUGUUUCUUUGUGUGGUGGUCAAAUCCAUCUUAAAGAAAAAGUAGUUGUGCUCA